AUGAUCUCCUCCGCCACAGGUGUUCUCGCCUUCCUCUCUGAGGAGGAGGCGGAGCUCAAAGUCUUCGCCCUCCAGACACUCAACGAUGACAUUGACACAGUGUGGACAGAGGUAGCCAACUCACUCGGCCUCAUCGAGGAGCUCUACGAAGAUGAGAGCUUUCCCGAACGCCAGCUGGCUGCGCUCGUCCUCGCCAAGGUCUAUUACCACCUCCAGGCCUACAAUGACAGCAUGGUCUUCGCGCUGGCCGCCGGUGACCUCUUCAGCUUGGAGGACCCGGGCGAGUUUGAGGAGACCAUCAUCUCGCGUUGUGUCGACCAAUACAUCGCCACAAUAUCUGCGAAGAGUACGGCAUCCGACUCCGACAAGCUUGCCGAAUUGACCACCACCUUUUCCGGAAUCACAGCCGCGGCCGUUUCGUCACCCACCUCACCUUUCUCACAGAAGGCUUUGCCACCCAAAAGUCUUUUGUCGCGCGACUCGAUCGACAACACCAUCCUCGAGGCGACCGGAAAAGAACGUUCUGGCUCGGUCGCCCCCAGCCAAGCCACCGACAAGGCAUUGCAGAGGGUCAUUGAUCGCCUUUUCGAGAGCUGCCUACAGCAGGGACGUUAUCGGCAGGUUGUGGGUAUUGCCGUCGAGGCCAAAAACCUGGACGUGCUGCGAAAGGUUAUCAAGCGUGCCAGCGACGAUGCAAAACAAGCCAAGGCAAAUCCUCUCGAGGCUAACCCCGCCGAGGAGCUGAUGGAGUAUACUCUGAGCGUCUGCAUGGACAUUGUGCAAGAACGCGGCUUCCGCCACGCAAUCCUUCGGCUCAUACUGGAUCUUUUAAACGAAAUUCCUGAACCCGAUUACUUCUCCAUCGCCAAGUGUGCCGUUUACUUGAACUCGGACGAAGAAGCUUCUCGCAUGCUUCGCCAGCUGGUGGAAAAGGGCGACAGAAUAUCAAUCGCCAAUGCUUACCAGAUCGCCUUCGAUCUAUACGACAACGGCACUCAGGAGUUUCUGGGCAAGGUUUUGGCAUCGCUGCCCGCGCAGCCCGCUGCUAAAAGGGAAAGCAAUUCCGAGGCUACCGAAAAUGAAGGUCUACUGGCCGACCAGGGUUCGUCAGAGGAGGAGUUGCCCGAAGGCACUGCCAAGGUGUACGGCAACAUCCGUGAGAUCUUGGACGGCUCUAAAACCAUCCGCCUCAACCUCGAAUUCCUCUACAGGAACAACCGCAAUGACAGUAGCAUCCUUAACAAGGUCCGCGACUCUUUGGAAGGCCGGAACUCUAUUUUCCACAGCGCCGUUACGUUUUGCAAUGCAUUCAUGAACCAGGGCACCACCAAUGACAAAUUCUUCCGUGAUAACCUGGAAUGGCUAGGCAAGGCUGUCAACUGGUCCAAGUUCACCGCGACAGCCGCACUAGGUGUCUUGCACCGCGGAAACUUGUCUCAAUCCAGGAAGCUGCUUGAGCCUUACCUGCCCCGCGCUGGAGGCUUGGGCAACGGUUCAGUGUACAGCCAAGGCGGUGCACUGUACGCUUAUGGAUUGAUCCACGCCAACCACGGGGCCGACGCUGUCGACUACCUCAAGGAGCAGCUUUCAUCUGCUGAAGACGAAGUCCUGCAGCACGGUGGUGCGCUCGGUUUGGGUAUUGCCGGCAUGGCUACUGGCGACAACGAGGUGCUCGAGAAGCUCAAGGACAUCUUGUUCCAGGACUCCGCUCUCAACGGCGAGGCCGUUGGCCUUUCCAUGGGUCUCGUGAUGCUGGGCACUGGCAACACCCAGGCCAUUGAAGAUAUGAUCACCUACGCACACGACACGACCCACGAGAAGAUUGUCCGUGGUGUCGCCAUGGGCAUGGCCCUCAUCAUGUACGGCCGUCAAGAAGGCGCCGACGUGCUGAUUGAGGGACUGCUGAAUGACCCCGAUCCGACUCUCCGCUACGGUGGUAUCAUGACGGUCGCCCUCGCGUAUUGCGGUACGGGCAGCAACAAGGCCAUUCGCAAGCUUCUGCACGUUGCUGUGAGCGACGUCAACGACGAUGUCCGCCGCGUAGCCGUCAUGUCUCUCGGCUUCAUCCUCUUCCGCAAGCCUGCUAGUGUCCCUCGCAUGGUGGAGCUGCUGUCCGAGUCCUACAACCCUCACGUCCGCUACGGGUCCGCCAUGGCCCUCGGUAUCGCGUGCGCUGGCACCGGCCUCGACGAGGCCAUUGACCUGCUCGAGCCCAUGAUGAAGGAUCCUACCGAUUUUGUGCGCCAGGGCGCUCUCAUCUCUUUGUCCAUGAUCAUGGUGCAGCAGAACGAGGUCAUGAACCCCAAAGUGGCCACCAUCCGCAAGACGCUCAAGAAGGUUGUGGGCGACCGCCAUGAAGACGCCAUGACCAAGUUUGGCGCGGCCCUCGCCCUUGGCAUCAUCGACGCCGGAGGUCGCAAUUGCACGAUCGGCUUGCAGACGCAGUCUGGCAACCUCAACAUGGCUGGCAUCGUCGGCAUGGCGGUGUUCACGCAGUACUGGUACUGGUUCCCAUUCACGCACUUUUUGUCUCUCAGCUUCUCCCCUACCUCUGUCAUUGGCCUCGACCACGACCUUGAGAUCCCCGACUUCAAGUUCCACUGCGCCACACGCCAGAGCUUGUUCGACUACCCGCCCGAGCAGGAAGUGAAGACCGAGGAGGGUCCAGCGCUGAUUGCCACAGCGGUUCUGUCGACCACGGCGCAAGCGAAGCGCAGGGCGCAGAAGAAAGAGCGUGCCCAGCGACGCGAGAGCAUGGACAUCGACACGCCUGCCCCUAAGUCGGGUGGCGACAAGAUGGAGGUGGAUGACGAUAAGAAGGAGGAGCCGGAGAAGAAGGAUGACGCGGAGAAGAAGGAAGAGGCGAAGAAGAAGCCCGAGAAGGAGAAGGUAGGCUUUGAGAUUGAGAACAUGAGCCGUGUUCUCCCGGAGCAGUUCAAGUACAUCUCGUUCCCCGCCGGUCGAUACAGGCCUGUCAAGAAGCCCACUGGUGGACCGUUGCUGCUUGACGACACGCAGCCUGAGGAAGAGAAGACCCUGGUCGAGGAGAAGCUCAAGAAGGUCACCACGGAACGCGCACCGGUCGCUGGUCAGCAAGCACGUGGUCAAGAAGGCCGCGGUCUCGGUGGUCGCGGCCGCGGCGGAUUGGAGGCGUUGGUCGACGGCCGCAGUGGCGGCAACGACAUUGUCAACCAGCUGCUCCGUGGCUCUGGUUCUGGCCGAUCGCCGUUUGGCAAUCUGAUUGACAUGCCCGCUACACCGGGGAUGCCCGACACCAUGGGGUCUGGUGCGGCGGCCGCGGCGGGCGUGCUCACGGCUGUGGAUGAGGACGGCGAGGGUGACGAGGAGGCGCCCGUCCCCGGCGAAUUUGAAUACUUCUCUGACGGUAGCGACGAUGAGGAGGAGCUGUGA